AUGUCGAAGGAAGAUCAACCCAAGUGUCCAGUCGACCACGAAGCCCAAGCUGUCUGGCUGCAAAAGAACAACCAGGUAGAGCAGGCUUCCGCACAAAGAAAAUCUGCCCCCGAACCGGAGUCAUCAUCAAAGAGCUGGUGGAAAUGGAGUAGUGCAUCUGAAAAGAAAUCAGAACCAAAAAAUUCGUCUGAAGUCCCUGCAAGCUGUCCUGUAGAUCACGAUGCUAGAUCUAGAUGGAUUGAAAAUGUAUCUGUCAGUGUUUCUGCCCCAGAGUCCGUGGAAUGUUCCUCAGACGCUCUUCCAGAACAACCUACGUAUUCUUCCAACAUAGACCUUCCCACGGAUAGAGAGAUUAGUUCCAUUCCACGCACUGGAGCCGAACUGAACUGGAUCUACCCAUCACAGAAACAGUUUUUUGAAGCAAUGCGAAGAAAAGACUGGAACCCUCAUGCUAAAGACAUGAAAAGUAUUGUUCCUAUACAUAAUGCGGUGAACGAACAGGCUUGGAAAUACAUUCAAAUGUGGGAACAUGGAAAGGGAGGCCAAUCUUGUGGAGGAAUCCAACUGACUAGUUUCAAAGGUGAUUCGAAGAAACUAACCCCCCGGGCAAGGUGGAGACUUUUUCUAGGAUAUGAGAGACCAUUUGACCGUCAUGACUGGACAAUCGAUAGAUGUGGCACCCAGGUUGACUAUGUGAUCGAUUUUUACGGUGGAAAGCCCAACCCCAAGAACCCUCAAAUGCCCAGUUUCUAUUUGGAUGUUAGACCAAAGCUGAAUUCAAUAGAAGGCGUAAAAUUGAGACUCUUCAGAGCUCUCGGACUCUAA